GGAAGAGAAGUGGAGAUCCGUCCGUGCGCGGGAGUGGUGGCGGACGGACCGGCGGGCCCGGAGUUCGUGCCGGCGGCGCAGAGCAGAGGGGGGCCGACGGAGGAUGGAGGUGGAGACGGAGGGUCGGAAUCGAACGGACCAGACAACUCCGGCAGGUCGCUACACUAACACUGUUGUUGGGGUUUGCUACUCCUUUCUUUUUACCUUUAACAAAGGAGAAGGAAUUACUGAGCUUUGAUGGGCAAACUAAACUAGCUAGCGUGAAAAAUCAAAUACAGCAGCACGCAAGAGCAUCUGAAUCAUCAUCUUUAGAGAAAGCAAAAGCCGAUCAGGGCAUAUAUACGUUGCUUCAUGCUUUGGCAAAUAGAAAAGAGGGAAUGCAGCUAGCUGGAGGCAAAAGGCCCAGCAGCAACCAGCGCAUAGUUUGGAGACAACACGCAAUGGAUUGUGCGCUCUUCAGUUAGUUACACAGAGGAGGAGGAGCCAACUUGCUGCUGCUGCUGCCUGUAGCUUCUGACUGAAAAGCCUCCUACUCCUGCAUGCACUUUUGCUCUGGUUUUGGGGUGGACUAGCAGCAGUCAUAGUAGAAGAAAAAUAUCAGAUCAGAGCACUUCGGAGAUUUCAAUGUAAAUACUUGUGUUUUCAUGAGCUGCUGUCAUCCACCGUCAAGGCUGUUUGGCGAGAGAUCUUUCGACUGAUGGGUUAGAUUGGUUGAGAUUGAUUGGUUAAAGUUCCAACUGAUUUUCUCCAUUGGUCACUGGCAGAGGGGUUCAUCAUGAGUGGUCCUAGGGAGUGGUCAAUAUAUCAAAAAGAUGUUGGCCCCACGGCGGAGGAAAUAUUAAUUUUUGUUCGGUUCGGUACGGGCAAGGUCAUAUACUUUGAUGGCUGGGAUGGAUUUGGAGCGUCCGCUGUUCUUAGAUCUGUAGCUGCAGUGCUUCCAUCUAGGAAAACCACUCCGGAACUAUGCUUUGACAAAAUAAUUUUUAUAGAUUGCUCAAAGUGGAAAAACAGAAGAGAAGUGCAGCGGGCAAUCGCAGUGGAAUUGCAACUUGACCUCUGUGUAAUGGCUAUUCUGGAUAAGCAAGAUGAAUAUGAUGAUUUUUCUGGAAAUGAUGAAAGCUCGAGGCAUGAGAUAGAUAGUGUUAGUCGAGUGAUUGACCGAACCCUGAUGGGUAUCCAAUUUAUGAUGAUUUUCCUGAAUGGGAGUGAUGACGAGGUUGACGUGGGUCUCAUGGGUAUUCCUCGACUAGUAAGAUAUGGCAAAAAUGUGAUGAUAUGGACCUUCAGCAGAGGCUGCCUAACCAUGCAUCAUGACCGUUCUAGGUUAAGAAACAAGCUAAAAUACACUCAGCUUUUCUGUCAUUGCGUUAUCACAAGAUGGCCAAGCUCACAGUUCCGUGGACUGCUACAUCAAGAAGCUGCUACCAUACUUGCUCGCAACCCAUGUAUGCUGGAGAUUGACAAAACAAUUAUUGCAGAUUGCUGUCUUUAUGAGUUAUUCCUGCACUAUAAUUUCCACAAUGUCACUAAAUUUGGUUGGGUAUCUCAUGCUUCCAACUAUUGGAUAUGCGAUGCAAUUAUACAAGGGGACAAAGCACGGGAUAUUUGUAGUGCAUUGCAUCGAGAGAUAAAUUGGAAGUGUGAUGCUUCUCUGCUUGAUCAUGUUCUUAAAAUGUUCAUGAAACAUUCAGAGUCUCCUUUUCUGGUAAUUAAAGAUGAUGAUGUCUAUGAAGAAGGCCCAUACCGUUGGAUUUCGGUAGUGUCGAGAGAUGCAGAAGUACAUGGUAUGAAAGCAAUACCUGCAGAGGCAUCAUCUUUCUUCUUGGCAUUUGAAAUACUCAAUCACCCACCAGCUUUACCAGAUGGGUUUUUUGAUCAUUGCAGCAAGCUUGGUGUGCUGAUUCUCCAUUGUUGUGCCUUCAGUUUUGCUUCACCUUCUUUCCUGAAGUGUCAUGGCCUAAGAUUCCUUGGAUUGGACCACUGUACAGAUGACAAAACAAUUGAAGGAGAACAUAAAACAGAGUGGUUAUGUUUGUAUAGCCUAUGGGUGCUGGACAUACGCUACACAAACUGGAAUGAAAUCUUUUCUCCAGAAAAGAUGGAUCUCAUGACUAACACCAGAGAGCUAAAUAUAGAGGGAGUCAUGGACUGGCAAUUCAUAGCUCAUCUACAACACCGCUUACCUAACCUCCAGAGGCUCCGAAUAAUCAAGCCAACUUGUCAAUGGGAUACACCAGAGGAUGUCGAUAACUACUUCAUAGAUAAGAGAAAUAUGGAAGUACUUGACUUGUCGGGGAAUUGCGACAUGAAAAUUCUUCCACCAAGCCUAUCGAAGGCAAGUAGCCUCCGGUUGCUUGUACUUGAUGGUUGUGAUGGACUGGAAUGCAUUGGUGGGCUUCCUCCCUCCGUCGAAUCCUUUAGUUUUAGUGGAUAUGGCCCAGCUUCUCAAUGGACACAGACCGUUGGGCUAUCUCCAAAACAGUUUCAUCCUUCCACCACAACAGGUAAUAAGAACGUCAGAAUAUCCAAGAUCUCAUUAGCAGGCUGCACAAAAUUGGAGAAUAUUUUCUUGUGUUGUCUGCCAAACCUCAUGGAAUUGGACCUCUCUGGAACAUCAAUCAAGAUACUUGACUUCAAGACUAUGGUGGUGCAAAUCCCAAUGCUCAAGCGACUGUUUCUAAUAGGAUGCAAGCAACUUCGUGCAAUAACCUUUUCGCACCAGAGUGUUUCUGAUCUGGAGUUGAUGUGCGUAGACACGCGAGAUGGAAUUGUGUGUGCUCGACCAUCCAUCAAAAGAAACAAACCCUCCAGGUUGCAGGUGCAUGCUGUAUUGGUGGAUGCGAGGCUUAGUCACUCCUUGAAGAAUCUGAUCGAUUUAUAUAGAGAAGAUGCUCGUUUUAAUAUCCACGUCACCUCCUCACCUGCGUGUGAUGGGGUUGUUCAGUUUGAAGCAACCAACAAGGAUAAGACGGGCCUCAGUGAUCAAGAGGGCCCACAGCUUAUUCCAGCAGGCCGGUACAGUGAUGUCCUUGGCAUGGUUGGCCACCCCCCUAUGCAGGCUUUCCCACAAUCUCCGUCUACAAAGUUUGAUCGACAUGUAGAGAUUGCUGAAGGGAGCCUCUAUGUGGAGGGGGGAAUGGACUUUGCACUAGGCUGGAUUUUGCGAUACUAUGCAGAAUCCCUGCAUGUGCAUGAUGUCUCACCACGUCCUAUUGGGCCUGAAGGCUUUGGUUGGAGGCUUAGGUGGUGCUGUAUGGAGAGGUGCCCAAAGUUGGAUACUGGCAUCUUUCCGGAUUCCAGUUGUUUUGAAAAAUUGGAGGCCUUCUGGGCGUCGGAUCUCCUAAUGGCCCGCUGGAUCUGGAGUACAAGUUUAGACUUGACCACCGAAUUCCAGAAUCUGCGCCACCUGCAUCUGCGCUCCUGCCCCAGCCUCCAGUUCGUUCUUGCGGUGUGGAGCUCCAACUUGCCCAGGUUGGAGACCCUCCACAUCAUUCACUGUGGUGACCUCAGCCACGUCUUCUUAAGGAAUGGGCCAAAUAUAGACGUCUUCCAACCAUUCCCAAAGCUGACCACCAUCCACCUACACGACCUCCCGAAGCUGCAUAAUAUAUGCAACUUCAGGAUGAUGGCACCUGCACUCAAGAGCAUCAAGAUCAGGGGAUGCUGGGGCCUGCGCCGGCUGCCAUCCGUGGGGGCCCGUGGCCCAGGCGAGAAGCCGACCGUCGAGAUCGAGAAGGACGUGUGGGACGCUCUGGAGUGGGACGCCGGCCACCGCCCCGACCACUUCGAGGCACCGGUCCACUCGCGCUACUACAAGAAGAAACUACCCAGGGUCUCCGUCCUCAGGUGAACUCGACACAGAUGCUGCUGCUGGAGUUCAAACUCCUAUGAGAAGGUUGGACACUCCUCCUGCUGGUGGUGGUGGUGGAUCAUGCUUCAUGCGUUUGGAUUGCUAUUGUGUGUUAUUAUUGCUAAUGCCUCAGGUGAGAGCUUACGGUGGCUCUCGCCAUAUAUCGUGGCUUUCAAAUAAGAGACGGACAGGCUUGUGCCUGCUUACACCGACCCGUCCAAUGCGCGUGUGUGGUUUGCGAUUGUGGUAGCUUGCUUUGGAUGCCUGCGUGCAUCCACCAGGCUGCAUUUCUCUGUGUGACUUUAUGAGUGCUUGCUUUGCUAUGUAUUUGGAAUUGCUUUGUGUAGUGCCUGUGUGCAUCUACAUAUGAUAGCUGCUUGCGAGUGUGACUUAUUUGAGAGUGUGUUUGCCAUGUAUCUGAACAAAUGAACAGCUGGUCGGGUGUGGUUUGUUUGUGAUGCUUUUGAAAAUAAAAAAGCAGCAGUUGUACAUG